ACUUUUGCAAUUAGUAUUAUUUUUCCAAUUGCUAGAGACAUUGUUCUAAUCGGACUGCAAUUUAAGUUAUUUAACCAGCCACCUCUCCGACUCUCUCUUAAGUAUGUUUGUAUGUCUUGUCUGGCGCCGAUCGCCGACUCUCUCUUCAAUUUCCAUUAGACACUUUCGGCGACUCUGUGGCGGGCUCUGAUCAGGUAAUUUUAUACUGUGAACGAGGAAGGAUGCGUGUAAAACAAGCAUUAAAGAACCUCGAUGCGUUCCCGCGUGCGGAGGAGCACUUGUUGCAGAAAACACAAUCGGGAGCGCUUGUCUCUAUUGUUGGUCUAGUCAUAAUGGCCACACUAUUCUUGCAUGAGCUGAGAUAUUAUCUUUCCACGUACACAGUUCAUCAGAUGGCUGUUGACUUAAAACGCGGUGAAACUCUUCCAAUCCACAUAAAUAUGACAUUCCCUUCCUUACCUUGUGACGUGUUGAGUGUGGAUGCCAUUGAUAUGUCAGGCAAUCAUGAAGUGGAUCUUGAUACGAAUAUAUGGAAACUUCGCCUGAAUAGAGAUGGCUAUAUCAUUGGCACUGAAUAUUUGUCGGACCUUGUGGAAAAGGAACACACUGCUCAUAAGCAUGAUGACAACAAAGACAAUCUUGAGAAUUCAGAUCAGAAACAUCAUCUGCAUGGUUUUGAUCAAGAUGCUGAAAAUAUGAUUAAGAAGGUGAAGCAAGCACUUUCCGUUGGAGAAGGAUGUCGGAUUUAUGGUGUUUUAGAUGUCCAAAGGGUUGCUGGGAACUUUCAUAUAUCGGUUCAUGGGUUAAACAUUUUCGUAGCACAAGCGAUUUUUGAAGGAGCUACUCAUGUCAAUGUUAGUCAUACUAUUCAUGACUUGUCAUUUGGGCCAAAAUAUCCAGGAAUUCAUAAUCCACUUGAUGGAACAGUUCGAAUUCUGCAUGAUGCAAGUGGUACAUUCAAAUAUUACAUAAAGAUUGUUCCAACUGAAUACAAAUAUCGCUCGAAAGAAGUUUUGCCAACUAAUCAAUUCUCUGUUACGGAAUACUUUUCCCCUAUGAACGAGUAUGAUAGGACAUGGCCAGCUGUCUAUUUUUUGUAUGAUUUGUCGCCAAUUACUGUGACUAUCAAAGAAGAACGUCGCAAUUUUCUUCACUUCAUCACUCGGCUUUGUGCAGUAUUAGGUGGUACUUUUGCUGUAACAGGAAUGUUAGAUCGUUGGAUGUACAAAUUUGUUGAAAUGCUGACAAAACCGAACACAAGAAGUUCAUAUCGGUAAAAAGUUGAGGCAAGCUUCUACAACUGCCAUGAAUCAAGAAUAUAUGAAAGCAAGUGAGAAUCAUCAGAGAAUGUAUAAUUCCCCAAAGCAUUUUGAUCACUUUGAGGACGUUCUUCGAAAUACUGGGAAAGAUUAUAGUAGUAAAUUGUGGUUUAACUUAUUGUUUCUCUUUUAGGCAAUGAACUUGAAAAAUUGCAUUCCUAUUAUAGUGCAUGAUCAUUAAAAUAUUUUUUUUAUUUAUAUUUUUCAAUAUCAAUUUUCCCCUUUGGUUUGGAUA